UUGAACCCACCCACGUAUAAAGAAGAGGGAUUAUUGUAGUCCUGAGAAGUCCACCAACAAACGAUUUGGUUAUUUCUGAGAAAUUUUGGUUAAAAAUGAUUCCAUAUAGAAUCCGCGAAGAAACCUCGCAGCAAUUUCUUUGAUUCUUCAAUCUGGCUUGGAUUUAAAGAGAGCUUCAGAGGAUUUGCAUCUCACAGCAAAGAUUUGAAGAAGGAAACCCCUCAUCCAAUUGAACUGAGAUCAAACUGUACAGACUCACUCCAUUUCCGGUGAAAGCUUCUUCAACUCCUCUCUGCUACAUCAGCAAGCUUCGAUUCGUUCCAUAGCAAGCUCUCCCACCACUCACCAGUUGAUGUUGACUCAAUUUUGAUUUAAAGAGCUACAGAUGAAGAGUUUCACAGCAAGAUUUGAAUAAAACCAUCCUCAAACUUCAGUUAUCCAAAAAAGUGAUAAAGGCAAAAAAAUUUCUGUAUCUUUUCUCUCCCAAUCAUCCAAUCCAAACAGACUGUUACAGGUUUGUUCAGAGAGAGGAUGGCUGCUGCCGCAGUUGAUUUUCUGCUGUUGAACCUGAAGCAGCUACUGAUGUACAAUGCAGAUUUGAUUUCCGGAGUGAAACAGCAAGUUGUAUGCCUUCACGAUGAGCUUAGCAUGUUGAAGGCCUUCCUCAAGGACUCCACGGAGAAGGGCAGCGAGUAUGAGAUUGUGAAACAGCUUGUCAGACAAAUCAGAGACGUAGUGUACGCAGCCGAAGAUGCCAUCGACACAUUCGUCGUUCAUGCUGCUAUGCAGAGAGCGAGAAGCACAUUCUCCAAAGUCAUUCAUGGAAUUGAUUAUCCAACAAAGCUUCGCAACGUUGCAGAAGACAUCCAAAACAUCAGGCAAAAGGUUGAUGACAUUUACAAGAAGCCAACGUUUGGCUUUGGAGUCGCACAACGGGGAGAGCCUUCUACUAGAGGCUUGCCGGAGAGAAGGGCUCCGGUGGUAGAGGAAGAAAAUGUGGUGGGCUUCGACAUGGAGGCCAAAACCCUAGUUGAUCUAUUGAAUGGAGGAAAAGAGGAGCUUGAUGUUGUCUCGGUCAUUGGUAUGGGUGGUCUCGGUAAGACCACUUUGGCUAAGAAAGUUUUUACAGAUCCUGCAAUUGAGUUUGAAUUUUAUAUUCGGGCAUGGAUUUAUGUUUCUCAAGAAUAUGACAGAAAGGAAGUGUUUAUUAGCAUUUUGGGUUCUCUUGACAAGCUGACCGAUGAGAUGUAUAGAUGGAGUGAUGAUAAGUUAGCUGAUGAGCUUCGUGGACAUUUGCAGACUGGGAGGUACCUAAUUGUGAUGGAUGAUGUAUGGACAAGAGAGGCUUGGGAUGAUCUCAAAAUGGCAUUUCCCAAGAACAACAACAGAAGCAGAAUAUUGUUAACUAGUCGAAACACAGAAGUUGCUAUUCAUGCUAACCCAGAUAGGAAUAGCCCUCCUCAUCUUCUGCGAUUUCUGAAUGAGGACGAAAGUUGGGAGCUACUUGAGAAGAAGGUGUUCCGGAGGGAAAGAUGUCCUUCAGAGCUGGUGGAUCUCGGUAAGCAAAUCGCGAAGGAAUGCGGUGGACUACCACUCGCAAUUGUGGUGAUUGCAGGGCUUCUCAUGAAGAAGGACAAAACGUGUGACUGGUGGGAGAAAGUGGCUAAGAGUGUAAAUUCAUAUGUUGCUAGAGAUCCAAAGCAAUGUAUGGACAUUCUAGCACUCAGUUACAAACACUUGCCAUAUCACUUGAAAGCCUGCUUCCUCUAUUUCGGAGUUUUCCCAGAAGACUAUGAGAUCCCUGUGUGGAAACUGAUCCAAUUGUGGGUUGCUGAGGGGUUUAUCCAGCAGGUUGGGGAAAUAAGGUUGGAAGAUACAGCAGAGGAGCAAUUGGAAGAUCUUGUUGAUAGAAAUUUAGUGUUGGUGGAGAAGAGGAGGUCAAAUGGAGGGAUCAAAACAUGUCGCGUUCAUGAUAUGUUGCGCGACCUCUGUUUGAGAGAAGCUGAAGAAGAAAAUUUCUUGCAUGAGAUUAAAGGAAUUCUUCAAGUUCCUAGUUUGUCUUUAAGCCCUGCACUGAACAAAUACCGCCGCCUCUGUAUCCAUUCCCGUGUUUUGGACCAUAUUUCUACAAAACCUUCUGGUCCACACGUCCGCUCUUUCUUGUGCUUUGCCUCAGAAUCAAGGGAGUUGCGCAGAGAACAUACGUCAUUCAUCCAUGAUGCCUUCAAAUUGCUUAGGGUUUUUGAUAUAAAGUCAAUCUCUCUCCCACUUUUUCCUUCCAAGAUAAAAGAUUUGUUUCAUUUGAGGUAUGUAUCCCUCUCUGGUAGUUUUGAAGUUCUUCCAGCAUCAAUCUCUGAACUUUGGAACCUCCAAACAAUUAUUAUUGAAACAUCUUCGCGUAAUCUCAAAGUGGAAGCAGAUAUUUGGAAAAUGUUGCAACUGAGGCAUUUAUUUACAAGUGCUUCUAGUCGUUUGCGGGGCCCUCCAUCUAAAGCACGGAAGGGCGGCAAAGACCCCUUGGUUAGGAGAAACCUGCAGACCCUUUCGACAAUAUCCCCCGAAAGUUGUACGGCGGAUAUUUUAGCGAGGGCGCCCAAUCUUAGGAAACUAGGAAUUCGAGGCAACAUAGCCACACUUAUGGAGGACAAGGGAGGGUCGAGCAUGUUUGAUAACCUUACAAAAUUAGAUCAGCUUGUGACGUUGAAGUUGUUGAAUGACACAUUCCCUCUCCCUCCUUCCAGAGGUAGCCUCCCUCAGUUGUACAAAUUCCCACCAAAUCUGAAGAAACUAACUUUAGCAGAUACAUUGCUGGAUUGGGGUCAUAUGUCUACGCUGGGGAUUUUACCUAAGCUUGAGGUGUUGAAAUUGAAAGAUAACGCAUUCAAGGGAGAAUGGUGGAAGCUACUUGAUGGAGGUUUUCGUCUGCUCAGAGUGUUGCAGAUUGGGAAGACAGAUUUAGUGUGUUGGGAGGCUUCGGCUCACCACUUCCCUAGACUUCAACGCCUUAUUCUUAAACACUGUGAAAGCCUAGAGGCAGUCCCUUCUGGUCUUGGGGAGGUAUCCGCACUUCAGAGUAUAGAGCUAUAUCAUGCCACCUCUACUGCUGUGGCCUCCGCCAAGCAAAUUCAACAGAAGCAAGGCCUUGCAAUCAAUCGGCUUAAGCUCGUUAUUUAUCCUCCAGAGCUUUAAAUUGUGGUUUCAUGUCAAGGCUCAGUAGUACAGGCGAAUCCAUCACAUAAACUACAUGGUCCCUUCGCAUAGACUCUCAUCUAUUGCACUUUAUCUUCGUGCAGGGGAAUGUUGUAAGACACGAGGAGAAGCACUCCAACUCAAUAAGCACAUCCACAAUCCUCGAUAUAUGGGCUGACACUGAACAUCUGCUCUCUCUACUAUCUGGAGUUAUGGCUCUGCAUAUUCCAACAGUUAUGCUGCUAAAAUGUCAUUUUAUUGAAAUGCUAUUUACUUUAAGCUAUUUGUUGUUGUGAUGUAAUUGCGAUCAUGCUUCUUCUUCUUGUUUGAUAAUUAAAUUCCAAUUUUCCAUGUUGUAUAAAAGGACAUGUUAAAUGCCCUUUGGAGAUAUCCAUAUCGUGUAUUGUUUCUUGUUUGUUAUUAGUGGUGAACUCUAAUUCUGUUAUUCUCUUAGCCUAUUUUCCGUCGAAUUUUGGCUGGUGCAAAUGUUUGAUACA